UUUCAACACACAACUGUGUCAUUUCCUUUCCUUGUGGGCCAGAUGCUGAAAUACUAUGUGAUAAAGAUUUUAGGUUUCAGUUGUAAAGAGAGGGAAGCAGAUAAAUCACUGCGGUCUUCUUUACCAGCAAUGACAAAAGAGAUCAUAGAGCAACAGAGGCUCUUCCCUGAUGAACCAGAGGAUGCUGAUAGAUACUCAGAAUCUGUGAAAUUUGAUGCUCGCUCAAUGACAACAUUGCUUCCUCCCAAUCCUAAAAAUGGCUCUACCCCUCAGGAGAAGCUGAAGUCCUUCAAAACUGCCCUAGUUGCCCUCUACCUUCUUGUGUUUGCAGUUCUCAUACCGCUCAUUGGGAUAGUAGCAGCUCAGCUUAUCAAUAGGGAAAUGAAGAAUUGCUUUGUUGGAUCAAUGAACACAAGUGAUACUUCUCAAAGUCUGAUUGGAAAAGAUGACACCAGGAAAGUUGAAAUGAGACUUACAGCCAUCAUGGAACACAUGAAGGACUUGGAGGAGAGAAUCCAGAGCAUUUCAGACUUAAAAGCCAACCUCAUGGACACAGAACGCUUCCAGAAUUUCAGUAUGGCAACUGACCAAAGACUUAAUGAUGUUCUACUGCGGUUAAGUUCCUUGAUUUCGUCAGUUGAGGAACAUGGGAACUCACUAGAUGAAAUCUCCAAAUCCUUGCUGAGUCUCAAUACCACACUGCUUGAUGUCCAGCUCCAUACAGAAACACUGAACCGCAAAGUCAAUGAGUCUACCUUGAAGCAACAGGAGGACAUCAAUAAGUUAGAGGAACGUGUGCGCAAUGCAUCAGCAGAAAUCCAGUCUGUGAAAGAAGAACAAGAACAUGUGGAACAGGAAGUAAAACAGGAAAUGAAAGUUUUGAAUAACAUCACUAAUGACCUCAGACUGAAGGACUGGGAACACUCACAGACACUGAAAAAUAUCACCUUAAUUCAAGGACCUCCUGGACCUCCAGGAGAAAAGGGAGACAGAGGGCUCACUGGAGUAAGUGGUCCACCUGGCAUUCCUGGUUUAAAUGGUCCUCCAGGCCUUAAAGGUGAUCGGGGUCCAGCUGGCUUCCCUGGAAAUAGAGGAUUCCCAGGGGCACCUGGAAAGGCGGGGAGGUCAGGAUAUCCUGGACCUAAAGGCCAAAAGGGUGAAAAGGGGGGUGCAGGCAUAUCAACUACUCUUAAGAAUGUUCGACUGGUUGAUGGCACUGGCCCUCACGAGGGCAGAGUGGAAGUCUUCCACCAAGGUCGCUGGGGCACAAUCUGUGAUGACCGCUGGGAUAUACGUGCCGGACAAGUCGUCUGCAGGAGUCUAGGAUACCAAGGUGUCCAAGCCGUGCACAAAAGAGCUCACUUUGGACAAGGUACUGGUCCAAUAUGGCUGAAUGAAGUGAUGUGUUUUGGGAGAGAAUCAUCUAUUGAAGACUGUAAAAUUAGGCAGUGGGGAGUGUUAGUCUGUUCACAUGCAGAAGAUGCUGGAGUUACGUGUACUUCAUAAUACAUCAUAUUUUCACUAACUUUUAUGAAAUUGCUGUUGUAAAAUUAUUUUAGUCACCCUGCUCCACUAAAGUCAUUUCAAUGAAUAGUCAAUGGAUUCACAAUAUAGGUAAGAAAGAAUUAUUUUAAGUGACUGGAAAAAGGUAUUUAAACACAUCAAACUUAACCUAUGUCUAUACACGUAUUAUUCUAACUUCCUGUAACAGUUAAUUUUGAUUGUCAUCUUGACAGAAUUUACACAUGCCUAUGGUGACAAAAAUAUGAUUUUUUUUCUAAGAGGAUACUUAACAGAGGUAGAAAUGUUGGUAGGAAUUUUCCAUGUGCGUGAGAUGUAGACUGAUGGAGAAAAAAGAAAGCGACAGAGUAUCAUUCUUCAUCUCUCUCUGCUUCCUAACUAUGAAGACAAUGUCAUUCACUGACUGCAUCAUACUUCUUUCACUGAGAUGGAUUGUCUGAAACCAUGACUCAAAAUAGGUCCAUCUUCCUCAAGUUUCAUUUAUUACAAUAAGAAAAACAUUGGAUAGAAAAAAUAUGUACUAGAAGUGGGGUUGUAGCUGUCAUAAACCCGACUGUAGCUUGUAAAAUUGUUAAAUUAAUUUACUGGGGGAGUGGAGGAAAGUUUGGAGCCAUAAGCAAUAGAUGUUUUAGAAUGCUAUUAACGGAGCCUAAUGGACUAUUCUGGAAGGAAAUUGGAAAUUCAUAAAGGAUAGGAAACUGUAACUGCUGAAAGUUUCCAGAGGUCUCACAAGGAAAUAAGGAUUCUAGAAAGAACUGGAAAGGUCCAUUUGUGGUAAAUUCUGGCAACUACUAUGACUUCAUUCUAUUUGUAUUCUGAGACUUGGAAUAAGACUAAAUAAAAACCAAUGGACUAAUA